AUGCAGAGUACGCGGUCGAGCGACCCAGCUGGGUUCUUCGGAAAUCUAGUCAUCCCAGCCUUGCCCACUAAACUGGCAGAUUGGGAUUCGAAUACAAAUCUCUUGGGUAUCGCCCUCAUCGCCGGUAUCACAUCACACGUGGUGUAUUUCCUUCAUGGAGAGCAUCACAGAGGCUGCUAUCAGCUUGUCAAAACAUAUUUUGCUCUUGAAAUUAUUAUCACUGCUCUUCUGAUCCGAAAGAAUGGCCAUGAUCUCACAACAUCUGCAAUCCAGGCAGCCAUCGUGACCGCCGGAUACCUGCUAGGUCUCUUUGGUGCUAUGGGUCUCUAUCGAGGAUUUUUCCAUCCCCUUCGUCGGAUUCCAGGGCCUUUCCUGGCUCGAUUCUCCAAUUUAUACCACUCAUCUUUGCUGGGGAAUUCAGAUAACUACCGCGUCCUCUACAAUAUGCAUAAAGAACAUGGCCCGGUUGUACGCACUGGACCUUCCAAUUUGAGCUUAAACGCCCCAGAGGCAGUUCAGCUUUUAUACGGACCAGACUCGCAGUGCAGCAAGACUGCAUGGUAUGAAGUUUCACGACCACUACAGAAUCUGCAUACCGUACGCGACAAAAAGGUGCAUGAAACCCGCCGAAAAGUCUGGGCUCGUGCAUUCUCACCCAAAUCUCUGGUCGAAUACGACUCACGUAUCGCCGAGUACUCAGAGCUGCUAUGUCGCCAACUUUCAAAUCUCAAUGGGAAGCCGUUCGACGCGACGCGUUGGUUCAAGUACUAUGCGUGGGACGUGAUGGGCGAGCUCGGCUUCGGCAAGGGAUUUGAGAUGCUGGAAAAUGCAAAGAACCGCCACAUACCAGAUUUACUCGAGGAGGGGAUGGCCCACAUCGGACAACUACAAGUCGUGCCGUGGCUGAUUAUUCUACUACACAAACUCCCCUUUGCUGCUAAAGGUCCCAAGCAGUUUGCAAUGUUCUUCACCGAGAAGGCGAUGAGUCGUGUCAAGGAGCCUCCUGCCAAGCCCGACGUACUUAGAUACCUGGUCGACCACUACAACAACAGUCCUAAGGCGGAUUCUGACUUCCAGUGGCUCCGUGGUGAUACGAGGCUCUUUGUCGUCGGCGGAAGUGACACCACUGCAUCCACUUUGACGCACAUCAUGUACUACCUUGCUAAGUACCCCGAGCAACUCGCGAAACUUCGCGCCGAGGUCGAGCCACUUCUUGUAGGCCGGACUACUCUAGAUCCUAAGGAUGUCGGCGAGGCUAAGCAUUUGAAUGGUAUCAUUCACGAAGUCCUCCGGUUACAUCCUCCUAUCCCGUCUGGCUUCCCGAGACUCACCCCCGAAGAGGGUAUUGUGGUCGACGGUACCUAUAUCCCCGGAGGAACCACCGUGACGGUACCACUCUGGGUGAUGGGACGUUCUGAGGGGGUCUACGAGUCACCGCUCGAGUUCAUCCCCGAGCGCUGGUAUUCUCGUCCAGAGAUGAUUAAACAUAAGAAUACAUUUGCGGCCUUUGGUCUAGGUCCUUAUGGAUGCAUCGGUCGGGCAUUAGCACUUAUGGAAAUGCGGAAUGUAAUCUGCCAUAUUCUAUCUCGCUUCGAGAGUAUUGAAAUGGCUCCGGGUGAGGAUGGCUCUGCGCUGAUGAACCUGACCAAGGAUCACUUCACGGCAGGUAUCAGUGAAUUCCAAAUGGUCUUCAAAGCUAAAUAG